AAAGCAGCGAACAGGCAGCCUCUAACUUUUAAUCACACUUCACACCAAAGAGAAGCCACGAGUCAGAGAGGAGAGCGUUUAAUCAACACUGCACAGCAGGUGAGACACUCAGGUCACACACAGACGAGACAAGGGUUUGAUGCGCGGAGAGCCGACUGGUUCCAGUAAUGACGAGCAUCCUCAGUGAUGUCAACGCUGGGUGAGCCUUCGGGAACUGUCAGAAGCUGUGUGAAGGUAAAGCUCCUGUUGACAGCAUGACUGAGAAGUGGGACUAACAUCUGACUAACUCCAGACACCACACACACAGAGAGAGAGCAGGUGCAUCUUGCGUGAAACCAAUCAGAAAAGUCAUACCCUGUGAAAAUGGAGUCCGCAUUCUCACAGAUGAGAUGGGAAACUGAUGGAGAGGCCGAAGAGAUCUCCUUGAGAGGUCUGGGAUUGCGUCGCAAACGGGAGUUCAUACCCGAGGACAGGAAAGACGCGACUUACUGGGAGAAACGCCGCAAGAACAACGAAGCGGCGAAGCGCUCGCGAGAGAAACGAAGGGUCAAUGACUACGUAUUGGAGACUCGUUUGGUUUCAUUGAGCGAGGAAAAUGCGCGUCUACGAUCUGAGCUGCUGGCUCUAAAGCUUCGGUACGGUUUGCUCAACUCUGGAGCCACCUUCUCCUCGUCUCAAAGAGCUCUAUCUCAUCUUCACUCUUUGGCCCCGCAACCUCUGGUUUCUUACCAAGACAAAGAUCUCUACUGGGGAAGAAGGCAAGACAGAGAGGCUUCCAAUCUAUCUGGGAAACAACAAGCACCCAUCUGUCUGGGGACCCACCCCGGGUCGGCAUUCCUUCCCACGCAGCCCAUGGCCAUACGGAGAAAUCACCCAUACUUCCUAGACUUCCCCACCCUCCAUUCCCCUUCGGCCACUCCUUUACUCUUUCCACCACACCUCGCCCCAGCAACAGCACCUUGGGCAGGACGGCCCCUGCCCCAACCAGGGAGUCAGAGGAUCUUGUCGGAUGACGAGGGUGAGCAGCAAGUGCCGGCGGAUUCCAGCACUGCCCUUCCCCAUAAACUAAGACUGAAGUCUCAAAACUCACAGCUCAAAGACAAUAGAGCUAAAUCUGCAUCUCCUAUUCCAGCAUACAUGUCAGAUUGAAACCAAACUCUAGGCUAAAGUGGACUCAGCAGUCAUGAAUCAUCCUACACAUUUUAAUAAACAAACUUGGCAAUAUUCCAGUAGGUUUGGUGUUAACCAUUUGAUAAAAAAAAAUACUUCGAUCAAAAGGUCACACAUACUGAUAUAGUUUCCAAAAUUAUUUUGAAGAGUCAAUAUUUCCAUUAUUGAGGUGGAAAGUGGCAAACCUGAAUUGGGAUAAUGACUUUUUCUUUUUUCUUUUUUUUUUUGGUGCUUGAAAACCCCCUUUUUUACUCUUAGUAUAGACAAGAAAGUAGAGAUAAGAAGGAGAAUAUGAUCCGGAUUUGAUCUAGCUCAGGCUCAAUCAGCAGUCCUUUUGAGUGACAUUUUCGCAUUUGGAAGAUUUUUGAAGUUACUUACAUUACAUUAAAAAUGAGCAUUUUACCAUUUCAUGUACUCCCUGGGAAUCACACCCAUGAACUUUGCAUUGCUAGGGCAUUCUACUGUUUGAGCUACAGAAACUUUGUAAUGUUUAUUUUUGAUUAUUUUUUAAUCGCCACCUCUUUCGCGCUUCUUUGACAUUGCAGUUCUUCGUCAUCAUGAAAGUUAUUAUUUGCAUGCGUUUUAAAGCCAUAUCAGUUUAAACUUCUGAUAUAUGGUUUUCUGACCGCACACAGACAGCGCGUCGCGUGAAUAUUAAAUAAAGUUCUCUUUUAUGUCUUAUUGGGCUUAAAGGAGAACUCCAGUCAAUUUUAACAUUGAGCUCAUUUUUUUAGUACA